AUUCUGACACCUUGUCACUUUGCUUUGGAGAAUUUCCGAAUUUAUGUAUUGCUUAUGGUUUUAAAGAUUUGCUGAAUUUUAUUAAAUUUAGAUAAGAUAUUAGGAUGUGCUAUAGUGUUAGGAUUUUCUAAGUCCCAGUUGUCCUUGAUAGUGGACAACAGUGGUGGAAACAAGAGCGUGCAGGUGUGAAGUCAGUUUGAUUUGAAACGCUAGGGUUAUGAGGCUUAUGUGUCUAGCCUUCAAAGAAAUAGCAUAUUUUUUCAAUGUUUGUGAAUUAAUUACCAAAAUUCAGUAUGGCUAGUAAAUGCAAGGAGUGUGGGUGUAUAUGCACUCGAUGUAUUCAGAACGACAGGAGGCAUAGUGACAUGCAUCUGCAUGCGGAGAUUGAAAAUUUACGACAGCGUCUCAUGGAACAAGAUAAUCACAUUGUAACAAUGGAAACUCAGUUUCUGAACGAGGCCGAUAAAUUUCCAAAUGGGGAAUUGGCUUCUUUGAAGGACGAGAUGCUAAUUUGGCAAGAUAAAUAUACCAGGCUCUAUGAGGCUCACAAAAGAGUGCAAAAAGUGAAUCAGAAUCUAGAGGAUAAGCUUUUGAGAAUCGUUGACAAAUGUGAGACUGAGAAAGGUGCCUUUACAAAGGACAUAGCAACUCUAUCACAUAGAUUAGCAGAUGCCAAUUACACUAUUCAUCGUUUAACCCAAGAUAAUGAAAAAUAUAGAAACGAUGUAAACUUAGCAAUUCAACUGCUGCAGUGCAAACCAUCAAACUUUAUAGGACAGAAAUAUGAGUCGUUACCUCCUGAAGUGCAAGCAAAGGUGAGAACUUACAUUGCCCAAAAGGGUCCCUCUUCCGAAUCCAAAUCAAGCGACGUAAGAAGCAUAACCGUGCCCAUAUCGACAUUUCCACCAACCGCGAUGGUGUACAACGUCACUCGAACCAGCGUCGCAAAAUAUGAAGAUUCCACCUCUGAUGAUCCAAAGCCUCCAGUGGAUGUAGUUUCCGCCGCGAUCAUGGCGAAGGUUCUCGAGGAUCGAGAAAAGGAAAGAAUUUUCGCCAGACAUUGUGAGACCUGCUCUUGCCACAGAAGCGUCUUAAAAGUCGAUUCCGAGGUACAAACAGUGAACACAUUCGAAGGCUCGACUUGCGAGUGUCAAGGCAGACAGGACACGUCAAGAGGCGACGAUUUCGUAGAAGACGGGGACAGAGUCAGCGAUAGAAAAGAUCGAUUCAAGUACGACCGGGCUACAAGGCAGUUUAAACAAAGUAGAGAUUCUUACUCUAAUUCUAUUUUUUCCGAGGCAAACGAAUAUUCGAAAACUAUUAAUAAGGUAAGGAAACAAAACAGUGAUAGUAGCGUUAGACAUACAAUUUAUCAGUGUGUCAACGAGGUAGCGGAGGUGAAAAAUAAUCAAAAGAUAGAAAGUUUUAAGACGUCAAGUCGCUCGAUUGGAUCGAGAAGUUACUCGAGUUUGAGAAACUCGACCAAGCACCAAAAUUCUCUCAACUUGCAAAACAUAACUGCCGAGACGAAGCUCUUGGCUCCGGAGAAUUUCGAAGGCAAAGAGGAAAAGGCUGACUCUGUGAAGGGAUCGAAGAAAUUUAAUUAUUGGUGCGAUGCGGAAAAAGUUUCAAUGAAAGGACGCGCCGCUCAGGUUGACAUUAUUAACGACAGGCUCUGGAAAAGCAGCUGGACUUCCGAGACUCAGGAUUUUCAGGAACAUGGAGUGGAUCAUAGGAUUCGAUCGGGCAAAGACACCCAAAUCGACGUGAUCAACGAGAGAGUGUGGAAGAAUAGUAAUAAAUCGAAAACUAAGGAGGCUAAACCAACUCAACUGACUCUUAUAGAAGUUGCAAGUGCUGAUGAAUCGGUGAACAACAGUGAAAUGAGGCCAGCCGACAGCACAGUUAGUCCCAGUUUCAGCAGCGAUAGUGUCAUUUUUUCGACCUCGGAUCCCUCGAGUAUUUCGAGCGAUGUGGUGCAGAGCAAGGGUCUUUCCAAACAGGACAAGAAAAAUUGCAAUGCUGAUUUAAAGGCAGGCAAACAAGAGAGAACGCCUGGACCUAGAAACUGUCUGAUGAGAGUUUCAGGCAAAUCGAACAAUAUUCUUUUGGACAAUGUUGGAAAUUACCAACCGCUUCUUUACGCAAACACGAUUGGAAUUCCAAACACUGCCAUGGUGCAUGCGACAAGUUCUUGCAGAUCUGGACGAACUGUGUCGACGAGCAGCGAAGAAAAUUCCUCCGUCUUGUCUUCCGAUAAUGUCCAACUACAGAGAGUCGCCGAAUGGGUGAAAUCGUCCGUCCAACCUGACAAAUCUUCGGUUCCAUUCAGCAAACCCUCUCUGCGUUUUGAUCAAUCUUCCGUUUCGGAAAUUAAGAUCGAUGCUAAACACUUUGAUAAAGUCUCGCGGGACGAGGUGCCGGAAAUUGAGUCGAAGAAUCUCACUGAUGAGUGCAAGUCUUCCGAAAGUUUGCAGAAAGACGGGCAGAAGAAAGAAAAGGAUCUCAUAACAUUCGACCCGAGUAGUGAUGAGGAGAAAGAUCCGAAUAUUGUUAAUUUGGAUUUGUCGAAGGCCGAUUCUAGUCCUGAGGUUGAUUAUGAGGUCAAGAUCACGAAAGAGAUGGAAGAAACUUAUUUAAAAUUAACUGCGAGCUUGGACCCGGUUGCUUUAAGAUUGUCGAGUCUGACUGGAGCGGAUUUGACGAUCGAAAAAUACAGAAAAGAUCACAAGCGUCUUCAAACUCAAAAAGUUCCGGCCAAGUCAGGUUCGACGACGUAAUAUUACAUCAUGAUUGUAGAUGGUGUUUUAUUAGUUCCUUAGAAACUGAAGCCUUAUUUCGUUGUAACGAGAUGACUGUGAAACUUUAUUUUCUGCUAGGGUGAGUUGAAGAGAACUUGUUUAAUUUUUUUGCUUCGUUUCAUUCAGUGUAAUUUUGUUUCUGAUAAUUUAGCCAGAUGAAAAACUUAAGCAGGGUGUUCACUGAAUCGGGGGAAAAAAACCAAGAAAUUAAAUUACAAUUGUGGAAAAUAAUUUGUGGGUCGACAUAAAAAAAAAUAAUUUUCAUAUCGGUGAAUAUCUUGCGUUCUUUUCUUUUAUUUGGAAACAUAAAAAAUGUUCUAUUGGUUCAAACAUUAUGCCCAUUUGUUGAUAUGUACAGUUUUGCUAGUGAACAAACAAUAAUGCAAAAUUACAAAUUAAGAAAGUGGACUUUUUUGGAAUAAGUUGAAUAUGCCGAACCUGAAAUUGUUACAGUUUGAGCCAAAACAAAACGUGUUAUUAGUUUACUUUCAUGGAAAGAAAAAUUUGUCCUAGUUUUUAAAACUUUCCAAUAUUGCAAAAAAUCCAAAAUUCUACCAUUUUUGUUCCAGAAUUAAGAAAAUUUAAAGAAAAAUGUAAUGGUUCAUUAUUCUUCGGUAGUACAUACUAUGCAUAUCAUAAAUGCACCAUAAUUUUGUGAGUAAUAUGAAUUUUUUAUUGGAUUUUCAAAUAAAAAAGAGAACAAAUAUAUUAACCAAUUUCCCCUAUUUAAUUUGCCCUAAUACACAAUCUAAUUUUAAAAAUUUCGUGAUUUCCCUUGUGUAAAAUCACUACAAUUUCCUUGAAUUUACUAAUUUGGAGAUGUAAAAAUGUUUCUUUAAUUCAGAGUUUAACUCAGAAUUCAUUGACAAUUAAUUAAAUUUACAGAAUUUAUAUUCACUUCAAUUCAGAGAUUUUAAGUUUAAUUUUUUAAUUCACUUGAAUGUGUGUUGAAUGAACAAAUAUAAAUUAGAAUACAGACUAAAAAUGUGGGUUAUUUGUUUGAAAUGAUUCGAAAACUGUUAUUUCUUAAGUCAUUUUUAUAAACAAAUGGCUAUAUUAAUUUUUCAACAACUUAUAUUAUACAGAAGGAUUGUUAUGCAAUUUUCGGUUCGUUUUUUGUUUCAGAUUAAAACUAAAACAAAUAUUUUUAAUUGGAUAACAUGAAGUCUUCCAAUGUAAAUUGUAAUUGAUCCCAGAUUCAAACUGUAAAUCUUAAUAUUUUGGUGUCCUCAAAAUUUAAAUGAUUGAUGAACAAUAAUAAUUUAUAAAGUCAUUUCUGAGUCCUAAUUUUCUAUUUAUCCUGUUUUGAGUCAAUUAAAACCGAGUUAAUUGAAAAAUUAAGACUCAGAAAUGAUUUUAUAAAUUAUUAUAUUUUUCAAAAUUUCAGUAGACACCCUGAUUUAGGGAAAAUACAUUUAAAAACUUUUUAAUUAUUUAUAAUUUUUUCGAGAUUUUGUUUUUUAUUCACCCUAGUUUGCAUUUACCGUAGUUUGCGGAAUUAAGUUAGCAAAGCCUAGCUUAACUCAAACUUGUUUGUGAUUGUUCGUGUUACUCUACCAGUUCGCAUUUGUUAUUAAAUUUGAAGAUGGUCUUGUUUGAAAUAAAGCAUUGCGAGAUUAAAUUAAAUCUCUGCUAUGCUCCUGACAAUAUUAGAGGCAAGCCAUAUCUUAUGAAAUAAAAAGUAGGAUUUAUUAAGUUAUUGGAGAACUCUUUAUUUUAUUCAACAUAUUCUUAUACCGUUAAUCGCUAUUUAUAUUUACCUCUUUCAGUUUCAAAAGGAAGUCUUGUGCACACUAAAAAAUCAGUAUUAAAGGAAUGUGCUCACAAAACACGUGACAAUAUUGUACUCCAUUAUUUAAAUUCUUGAAAUAAUUUCUCUUUGUUUUAAACAUUUUAUAGACUUAGGGAAUCUUUUUAAAUUGAAAUUUAUAGAAGUCUUUUGUGUAAAGAUAAUCUUUUUUAUCAAUGAGAUUUUGAUUUCGGAUAAGUGACUUAUUUUAUUGAGUAUUUAUUCAAUCAAGCGAAUCCAUUUUCUACGAACGCACCUUUUACAUAAUUUGCAAUUUUGAUCGGAUUAGAAAUGUAAGCUACGUGUUGAGAAUCAUUAUAGAGGCCUAUUGUAGUAUUGGAUAAAGAAAAGCACUUGGAAAUAAGGAAGGAAACGAUUGGAAAUUAUGCUUUCAAUUAAAAUAAUAGAAAUGUAGUGUGCCAAAUAAUUUGUGUUGAUAUUUAAGUUAUUUUUAUGUUUUACAAAAACAUUAAUUAUAUGAAGAAAUCGGUGAAGUAAAGUAUUUGAAAUUGUGAAAUGGUGAUUAGAAGAUAAACAAAAAUGAAGCCAAAGCUUGACCAAAGGCAAUUUUGUAGUAGUAAAAACGAUUUUUUUACCAGUCUUAAAUACUAGAUUUAUUAUCUGACAACUAUUUACUUUUUCAAAGACUUUAUUUGAAAAUGUCACUGUUUUUUAAUUACUUCUAAUUUUUUCCGUCUAACGGUCCUAAAUGCGGUGCCAUAAAAUAUUAUAUUUAAUUCGAGUAGAAAUAAUUCAAUUUUUUUGAAUACGAUUCAAAAAAACUUUCAUGAACUGAAUGUUCCUCCGAAUGCCGCUCCACUUAUUUAAUUAGAAUAUACAAA